AUGUGGAGGAAGAAGAAGAAACAAGGGGGAGAGGAGGAGAAACAAGGGAGGCAUUGGAGGGAGAAACAGUGGAGGAAGAAGGAGAAACAAUGGGGAGAGGAGGGGGAGAUAGUGUUGAGGUGGAAAGGGAGGAGAAACAAAGAAAGGGAGAAAGGGAAGAAAGAAAAGGGGAGAGAAAAAAGGGGAGAGGAAACAGAGGAAGGAGAAAAGGGGGAGGAAACAGGGGAGGCAUGGUGGGAGAACCAGAAGGAGAGGAAGGAAGAAACAAGGGGGAGCAUUGGGGGUGGGGAAAACUGGUGGAGAAAGAGGGCAGAAACAAGGGGGAAAGAGGAGGAAGAAAAACAGGGAGCAUUGGAGGAGAAACAGUGGAGGAAGAAGGACAAGGGGAGAGGAGGGGGAGAAAUAAGGGAGGUUGGAAGGACGAAGAGAAAGAAGGAGAAGAGAGGGGGAGAGGGAAAGGCCGAGGAGAAACCAAUGGAAAGAGAAGGAAGAAACAGGGGAGAGAGGAGGAAAGAAAACAUUUGA